UCAUAAUGAUGAUGGGUUCUUCAGUGUUGAUCAGUUGUUAGAGGAGGGAAGUCAUCAUUUGCUUCAUGAGACCUCUGAUUCAGAUGAUGUGGUGGCAACAGAUAUUCAACAACAUGCAACAACAUGCAACACAGGAAACAACAUAGGAUGCUGAACAAAGGCAGACAGGGCAUGAUGUCAAUUUAGGUCCAGAACUGCACCGAAUGCCCUCUGCUCAAUUCCCAGAUGGUUUGAAGAGACGGCCUUCUGCUGAUAUCUCACCUUCACCUCCAUCAUUUCGGAGUGGCGAUUAUCCUCCACCUAGUGCCGAUUAUUCUUCCCAUACAGCCGAUUAUACUUCCCACAGUGCUGAUUAUCCGUCUCAUACAGCUGAUUAUCCUUCUCAUGAUUACCAAUCUGGUCAUGGUUCCGGAAGGCCAGAGAAUCCUACUUACCCUCAGCCAUAUCAAAAUCAAACUUAUCCGCAAGAACCUCCACAUCAACCUCAGGGUCCGCAAAAUUAUCAGUCGCAUGACAUUCCAACACCUCAACAUCUACCGCAGGUUCCGCAAAAUUAUCCUCCUCAGGACGUGCCAGCACCCCAUUCUUUUCCUAACUUUCAGUCAUACCCAAGUUUUUCUGAAAGCAGUCUUCCAGCUGUCCCAUCACAUCAACCAUCUUAUUAUCAAGGUUCUGAUGCUUCAUAUUCUCAUCAGUCUAGCCCAUCAGUAACAAAUUAUGCAUCAGCUCCUCAUUUCAGUUCAAGUGGUAGAAAUGGGAAUGUGCAAGAUGUCCCAGCCAGUGGUCAAACUCCAACAAGUACUCAGACAUUCCAUUAUGAUAGCAACUACCAGCCUGCACCUGAGAAGAUUGCAGAAGCCCACAAGCAAGCAAGAUUUGUUGUGGGAGCAUUGGCAUUUGAUGAGGUACCCGUUGCAGUUGAGCACCUGAGGAAAGCGCUCGAGUAUCUGACAAAUCCUUCUGCAGGUCAGUAGGUUUGUCAUUGACAAUACAGUGUGAUCUGUCUGUGAUAUUUCUUGUUGCCUCUUUUUUUUGUUUGAUCAUAAAAAAUGGAUUGAGAUGUAAAUGUUACUGGAUAUGUCAAUGAUCAAAUUGUCUUACCUUACCCCAGUUACAUGAUGUGAAUGAGAUUUAUGUUUGCUUAAA